AUGCAAUCCGUGUCGGCUGAAGACUUGGAGCUUCAUCCCCCGGCAUACCCUUGGGAGCACAACGGUCUGCUCAGCACCUUUGACCACGCCUCUAUUCGUCGUGGUCACCAGGUCUACCAGCAGGUCUGCUCGGCCUGCCACAGCAUGGAGCUGAUUGCAUACCGUAACCUCGUGGGUGUCUGCUACAACGAGGACGAGGCCAAGGAAUUGGCUGCCGAGCAAAUGUUCGAGGAUGGACCCGAUGAUGCUGGCAACAUGUUCAAGCGCCCCGGCAAGCUUGCUGAUUAUUUCCCCAAGCCCUUCCCCAAUGAGGAGGCCGCCCGUGCCGCCAACGGCGGUGCUUACCCUCCGGAUCUCUCCCUCAUUGUCAAGGCCCGCCACGGUCGCGAGGAUUACAUCUUUUCAAUCCUUACUGGUUACUGCGACGCCCCUGCUGGUGUUGAGCUCCGCGAUGGUCUCUAUUUUAACCCCUACUUCUCAGGCCAGGCCAUUGGUAUGGCCCCUCCCCUUUACAACGAGCAGAUUGAGUUUGAGGAUGGCACUCCUGCCUCAGUUAGCCAGAUGGCCAAGGAUGUUGUCACCUUCCUGACCUGGGCCGCAGAGCCCGAGCACGAUGACCGCAAGCGCAUGGGCAUGAAGUCCAUCGUGCUUCUCAGCUUUGUCGCUGCCGGUCUCUGGUACUACAAGCGACACAAAUGGACUGUUCUCAAGAACCGUGUCAUCCAGUACAAGCCUUAA